AUUUUAUGCCAAACAUCAAGCCUUAAGUGGCAAACACUGAGCGCUCAGGCGUUACGACACAGGGAUAGGAGUCGUGUCACUCACAUCUCACUAACCGGUCCUCUCAUCGAUUGGAGGGAAUCCACGUUUGGACAACUGGUCCGACACGUCUUUACGGCCUACGGUAUACUAUGUUUCGGUGUCUAUAGACUCGACCAUCACUACAAUACUCGUUAUGUCUUAACAAAUCCUUCGCAAGACUUUCCUUUAGAACCAAACGAUUUGGUUUUUGCUUUAAUACAAUGCGAUACUAAGAUUUGAAUUCGGUUUCAAUAAGAAAUGGUUUUACAAAAACAAC